AUGCGAGAUAACAAGAAAAAGAAUCAGACGGGAGUCGAAGACAGUAAAACGAAGAAACCAAACGAAACGCUGCACAUUCAAAACGCAGGGCGGCGAACAAUGAAGAACUCGAAGGACAAGGCGAGCGGCGGCUGGCGGGCGUAUGCCCAGCCGCCAUUGGAUGAGAAGCAGCAGCCGUCGCUGUCAGAAAAGCAGCAGCCGCCAUUGUCUGAAAAACAACAACCGCCCGACGACGAAAAACAACAGCCAUCUGACGACGAGAAGCAGCACCCAUUCGUCGUCGAAAAACAGCACCCGCCCGUGUCGGAAAAGCAGCAGCCCGGGUCGUACGACGGGUCCAGUGUGCUCUUGCGGACGCCCGUCGAGUGCUUGCAGGUCCGGGAUCCAUCGCUCGACGUGCUGCUCAUGGGCUCGGAUGAUCUGUAG